AUGAAGAAAACACAGCUUGGUUCACGUGAUUUACUAGCCAACGGUGGUGGUUGUCCUGUUGAAGUGUUCUGCCGAUUACGACCACCGAAAGACUCAAAUAAUGAUCAGCAACAAACAGAGAACUCAUCGUCAUGCAUCAAAGUAGCGAGUUCAACAGAAUUAGUUCUCUAUUCAUCUGAAAAUGCGAAGAGUGGAGCCAUUCGAGAAUCCCGUUAUGAAUUCAGUCAUAUUCUUACAGAUAAUGUUUCUCAAUUAGCCGCGUUCAAAGAACUAGCAUUGCCUUUACUGGAUGACCUGAUACAAGGAAAAAAUAGUGUCCUAUUUACAUAUGGAAUCACCGGUUCCGGCAAAACUUACACAAUGAUGGGACCAUUGAAUAAUCCCGGUCUGAUUCCACGCUCAUUCGAUGUCGUUUUCAAUUCAAUUGGAUCUUAUCUUGGCAAAAAAUAUCUUCUACGCUCUGAUCGACAAAACAGUUACGAAAUUCAAAGCGAAGCCGAUAUUUUACUUGAACGUCAACGUCGAGAGAUUCAAGUGAUCAGAAAUGGAAACAAUCAACGUGCCAAAGUUGCUGAAACGUACAACACUCGUACAUUAGAUUCCACGGCAUUGCAUAAUCCACAACUCAAUGGAAAUUCAUCUUAUUUUGUCUUUGUUACCUUUGUUGAGAUUUAUAAUAAUUACAUUUACGAUUUGUUUGAUGACGAUAUUCUCAACAAAGCACCACAAUCAAAACAGCUGCGUGAAGAUAAUCGUGGUCGACCAUAUAUCAGGGAUGUGAAAGAAAUCGAAGUUCGAUCGAGUGAAGAGGCCAUCGAGUUGUUGAAUAUGGGUUUGAAACGACGUCGAAUUGCACAUACACAACUCAACACAGAGUCAAGUCGUUCACACAGUGUUCUUUCAAUGCGUCUUGUACAGUUUCAAAAUGAUAUUCCACCAACAUCACUCACAAAAGAUGAUUUAACUAUCAGUACAAUUCAUUUGGUCGAUCUCGCUGGUAGUGAACGUGUUAAUCGAGCGAAGACAGUUGGUGAACGAGUGAAAGAAGCAGGCAACAUCAAUUCAUCACUGAUGGUUCUUCGACAAUGUUUUGAAACUCUUCGAGAAAAUCAAUCACAAGGAAUCAGCAAGAUGGUUCCAUAUCGUGAAUCGAAGUUGACAUCGUUUUUCAAAAGCUACUUUGAUGGUGAAGGUCGCAUUCGAAUGAUCCUUUGUGUGAAUCCAACUGUCGAUGGAUAUGAAGAAAUUCAACAUGCAUUGAAGUUCGGUGAAUUGACAAAAGACGUGAUGGUGCCACGUUCUUUACCUCCUCCACCGCCACCACCAGUUCUACCUAAAUCAAAUCGCACUCCAACGGCUGGUGUUGUCCUUCGUGACAUUGACAAUCAACAACAGUCGAAUGCACAGCCAAUUCUUUUCACUGAGUUCAAUGCUCAAGCGUUGAUCUCUCCAUUUCCACCACUCGAAUAUUCUUUGCUGGAUGGAGUUGGUGAUGAUGAGUCGAUUUCGGUUCUUCAAGAACAUCUCCGCCGACGGAUGGAAGAACGACAACGAUUGAAUAUGCUCAUCCAAGAACAGCAAGAAUUUUUGCGCAAGUUUACUCUUGAAUUAGUGUCAGACUACGAUUCGACCAUGUCGAACCAAGAUGAUCUGUCCAAAGAAAAUGAUCAGCAAACAAAAACCAUUCGUCAUCUCCAAACACGUAUUAAACUAUUGGAAAAGUCACAAAAUGAUUUGUUGAAAACAACAAAUCAAACUGAGCGUGAAAACAAAGCAUUGAAGUUACAAAUUGAAGAACGAAAUAAUGAAAUCAAAGCAUUAAAAACCGAACGACGGAAGGAUAAGAAUGAUUUCGAAAACAAAAUGAAAAUCAAACUCAACGAACUUGAACAACAAUAUAUGAAUGAAAUCAGAACUAAGGACAUUCGAAUGCGUGAACUUGGUCGACAACACGACGAUAAACUAAACAUUAUCCGAUCGAUGGCAACAAACAAUGGUUGUUCGAAUGAACAAUUCGUGAUUCCUGUCAAUCAAUCAUCAACACCAAAUGCAGCUGAUAAUGUUUAUCAAAAUCAAGGACAACAGUAUCAUCGAGUUGAAAUGAUCAUCUCUCAGAAUUGCAAUACACCAGUGGAACGCCCUAAUCCUCAUACACCAAAUACUGAACCAAUGCACAUUGACAAUAGCCAUACACAUGCAGUUGUUGCUCAUCCUCGACAGCAACAUCGUCGAUCACGAUCUUUGAGUGAAGUUUGGCUGGAACAUCGACCACAAGGAACAGUUCCAACAGAAACUCUUCUUCAACCAAAGUUUCACAAAAAAGUGUGCACACAAAAAGCACCGGCGAAAGAUGAAAUCAUCCGAACAACGAAAUACGUGUUGACACAUCAGAAUCUUGAUGCACAAGGUGAAAUUGUCACUGACUUCGUCAAGGGUGAUGUUCUUCCAUCAAGUACUGGUGGAGUGAAUGUGAUUUUCAAUGAUGUUGAGCGACUGACAUGUACAUCACCACCAGAUCCAUUGAUAUUGCACAAACGAUGUCAAAGUGAAGAACGAGUUCUUCGAGAAGUAAUAUCAACGAAUACACCAUCUCCUUCGUCUCGUCAGGGUCCAGCUGUAGCACCCAAACGAUUUCGUAUGUGA